AUGUCGUCUAUGCGGAACGCCGUGCAGAGGCGCUCUCACAGAGAGCGUGCCCAGCCUCUGGAGCGCCAAAGAUUUGGACUCCUCGAGAAGCACAAGGAUUACUCCCUCCGUGCCAAAGAUUACAACAAGAAAAAGGCCACCCUCAAGUCCCUGCGCGAAAAGGCCGCCGAGCGAAACGAAGAUGAGUUCUACUUCGGCAUGCUCAGCCGUCGCGGCCCGGGCUCGAAGCUCAAGGACGGCAAGGGCUGGUCCGGCACCGUCGCCGGCGACCGCGGCAACAAGGCCAUGGACAUGGACACGGUGCGCCUCCUCAAAACCCAGGACGUCGGCUACAUCCGCACCAUGCGCAACGUGAUCUCCAAGGAGGUCAAGCGUCUGGAGGAGCAGAUCGUGCUCGUCGGCGGCGUCGGUGCUGCCAACGACAACGGCGAUAGUGACGACGAGGACACGAGACCCGCGCAACCGAGAAAGAUUGUGUUCCUCGAUGGUACGGAGCAGAGAGACGAGGCUGUUGAGGGGGCGAUGGAGGUCGAUGGCGACAACGAGGAUGGCGAAGACGAGUUUGAGGGAUUCGACGACGACAAAGAGGUCGAGGACGAUGCCCAGCUUCAGAAGGAGAGGGCACUACAAAGAUUACGGCUGCAACUUCAAAACGCGAAGAAGAAACUCAAGGUUCUGGCGAACACUGAGCAGCGCCUUGAGAUACAGCGGACGAAGAUGGCGAAGUCGGCGACGUCGGGCGGCGUGACGAAGAAGGGCAAGAAGAUCAUGGUUCGGACCCGGAAGAGGUGA